AUGUCGUCUAUCGCCAUGACCCCCGUUCCCAUCGCGCUCCCCACCGUUACCAAGAUCACCUCGGUCGCGCCCAGCAGCGGCCCCAUUUCGGGCGUUGACGCUGUCGUGAUCGGUGUCGCCAGCACCACCGAGGCUGGUCCUCGUCUUGUCGGCGACGCCCAGGCCUUUGCCGGCGAUCGCGCUGCCACCCUGGCCGGUCAGCUCGGCAAGCUUGGCUUCAAGGGCAAGUCGUGCUCCGUCCUCGCGCUCCCCGGUGCUGAGAACGACCCGGCUCCCGUCCUCCUCUUUGUCGGUCUUGGCGAGGAGCCCGAGCAGGGCUUCAAGCCCGAGACCCUCCGUCGCGCGGCCGGCGCUGCCACUCGCGCUGCUGGCGCCGCCGAGCACAAGACUGUCGCUGUCAUCCUCCCCACCAGCACGGCCGAGACCCUCGCCGCUGUCACCGAGGGCGCGAGCCUCGGCGCGUACGCCUGGACUGCGUACAAGACCAAGGACACCACCACGCCUGUUGCCGCCAUCCAGAUUGUGACUGCUGGCGACGCCGAGGUUGUUCGCCGUGCCGAGGUUACCGCCCGCCGCGUCAAGAACGCGCGUGAGCUCGUCAACAUUCCCGGUUCGGACCUCUUCCCCUCCAGCUUUGCCCAGCACGUCGUCGAGUCGGCCAAGGGCAUCGAGGGUGUCAAGGUCGAGGUGUGGGACGAGAACAAGCUGCGCGCCGAGAAGAUGGGUGGCCUCGUCGGCGUUGGCCAGGGUUCCGUCCACCCCCCUCGCCUCGUCAAGGUCGCGUACACUCCCAGCAACGCCAACGCCAAGCACCUCUCGAUCGUCGGCAAGGGUAUCACGUUCGACACUGGAGGUAUCUCGCUCAAGCCCUCGCCCAAGAUGUGGGAGAUGAAGGGCGACAUGGGCGGCGCCGCCGCUACCGUCCAGGCCGUCCUCGCCGCUGCCGAGCUCAAGGUCCCUGUGCGCGUCACCGGCUGGCUCUGCCUUGCCGAGAACAUGCCCAGCGGCACCGCCCUCAAGAACGGUGAUGUCAUUCGCCAGCGCACCGGCACGACCGUCGAGGUCCACAACACCGACGCCGAGGGCCGUCUGGUCCUCGCUGACGGUCUCGCCGUGGCACAGGCGUCGGCUACCGGCUACGGUACCGAGGACGCCGAGCCCGACCUCUUGCUCGACAUUGCCACUCUUACCGGCGCCCAGAUGGCCGCGCUCGGCACGCGCACCGCGGGCCUCAUGGGCGACGACAAGGCCAUCAAGGCCGUGGAGCGCGCCGCGGCCGCCAGUGGCGAGCCCUUCUGGGCCAUGCCCUUCCCCGAGGAGCUCCUCGAGGACAUGAAGAGCACCACCGCCGACCUCAAGAACAUUGGUUCGGUCCCUUACGGCGGUAUGCUCAAGGCCGGUGUUUUCCUGCAGCAGUUUGCCGGCAAGCAGGGCAACUGGGCCCACCUGGACAUUGCCGGUCCAGCCGCCAACUCGGGCGCUCCCUGGGGUUACACCCCGACCGAGGGUUCCGGCUUUGGAACCAUGACGCUGCUCAAGGUCGCCGAGCAGCUCGGUGCUUGA